AUGGUCAACGAGGACGACGUCGAGUCGCAGCGAUCCCAUGGGCAGGACGAGCUGCGGGAGCGGUAUGACCGUCUCAUGCGAAGGCUGAUGACGCUCCAGGGACGAAAGGAAAACGAAACCAUGGCAGACAGCGAGGCCAGGAACAAGUUUCAGGGGCUGCAGCAAGCCAUCUCCAACUGGGCCAACAAAGUGCGACAGGAUCUCCUGAGGACCGGCAAGCUGGACUUUAUCCUGAGGGCGGUGGACAAGGGCGACAGUCACGUCAUGAGAAAGCUCUCGUCGCUCUUCUCUGCGAACCUAGACGCGGACGCGAGCCCGAACGGCCCUCAUGCCGGCGAGUCCGACGACAUGGCGUGGGCUCAGUGGCUGGGGCGUCAUCCCAGGGCCAUCAACGUCGUGCUCUCGCUGGGUGUGUGGUCAGGACUGCAGAAGUACGUUAUGUGCAGGCCGUUCCCCGUCGGGAUCGACGCCUACUUGGAGCAGAUGUUCAACGAGGCCAUCGACGCCAUGGACGAAGAGAGCGUCCAGGGGUGGACGUCGCAGACCAUGAAGGCACUGUCCAGGACGGGCGUGUUUGACGCGGAGAGGAGCGCGCAGGUCAAGUCGAUAUCGGCCAAGAUGUGGCGUGCUCUGCAUGCGUGGCCGCUGCAGCACUUCUCGCGCAGCUCGAAGCACUAUCAGGGUCUGAAGGGCUUGGUCGAGUCCGCGGCCGACUUGCACCGCGACCUGAGGUGCUCCUGGGACAGGUUUGACCUGGUGUACCCGCGGGACCUUGUUCGCGGCCCGCUCCCCGACGACGUCUCGCACUGGCACCUGUUGAACAUCUCGCAGUUUCUGUCGCUCUCAGGCAGGGAGGACAGCGAGGGCGCGCUGCUUUGUCUGUAUCCCGGGCUGGAUCGGCACCUCACCGAUAACAAGGCCACUAGCGACAUUUGCAAGCCUACUAUCCUGGUGUACGAUGGUGACGACGUCAAGAGCAUGGAGAGCUUCCAUCCUGCGCGAGGCUCGCCACCAAGCCGUCGACGACAUGUCGAGUGGUCUGCGCAGAAGAGCAAGAAGGCGGGUGCCUCGACGAAGCGAUCCGGGCGACGUGACAGGAGAAAGGACGCGAGAGACGAGAGGAGAAGCUCCAGGAAACGGACCAGCUCCAAGCGGAGGAGCAGCAAAUGA